GAGGGUGAAGUAUAACAUCAGAGAUGAAAUGGUCCUGCCAUUCGAGCCGGUGCCCAUCAUUGAAAUCCCAGGUUAUGGCAGCCUUUGUGCUCCAUUUGUCUGUGAUGAGCUCAAAAUCCAGAGCCAGAAUGACAGAGAGAAGCUUGCAGAGGCCAAGGAGAGAGUGUACCUGAAAGGAUUCUAUGAGGGAUUGAUGUUGGUGGAUGAAUACAAAGGACAGAAAGUUCAAGAUGUCAAGAAAUGCAUUCAGAAGCUGAUGUUGGAUAAGGUAGGUGACAGAGUGACAGCUGACUCUGAAUU